UACACAGCCGGAACCCCCAACGGCCAAAAAAUCAGCAUCGCGCUCGAAGAAUUGGGCUUAGAGUAUAAAGUCCACCAUGUCGAUCUCGAGAGAGAUGAGCAGAAGGAAGAGUGGUUUUUGAAGCUAAACCCCAACGGACGUAUCCCCGUGCUUACGGAUCAUUCUCCCCCGAUGCAUCCGGAGAAGGAAGUGCAUUUACAUGAAGGGUUGGCGAUUUUGCUGUAUCUCGCGGGGACUUAUCCUUUGAAGGGAAAGGGCAGUUUGACGUUUCCGCCGGAGAGUAAGGAGUAUUGGGAGUUAUUGGUGUGGUUGAGUUUUGCGCAGUCGCAUCUGGCGCCGAUGCAAGGCCAAGCGAACCAUUUCCACCGCUACGCUCCCGAGAAAAUCCAGUAUGGCAUUGAACGGUAUCAGACGGAGACGAAACGGCUCUAUGGCGUGUUGAAUACCCGGCUGGUGGAGCAGGAGAGUGUGGGGGAAGGGUUGUGGUUGGUCGGAGGGAAGUUUACGGUGGCGGAUAUUUGUGCUUUCAGCUGGGUGAAUUGGGGGGAGUGGGCGGGUGUGAGGUUGGAAGAUGGAGGAGGGGAGGGGUGGGAGGGGUUAAGGAGGUGGGUGGACGUGAUUCAGGGGAGGGAGGGGGUGAAGAGGGGGGUGGAUGUGCCGGAGAAGUUUGUGAUGAAGGAGAAGAUGAAGACCAAGGAGGGAGAGGAGGAGUUUGCGAGGUAUCAUGGGAAUUGGGUGGUGAAGGGGAUGGAGGAGGAUCGGGAGAAGCAUAAGUAG